CGAGCGCCGAGUUAUCGGAAAGUGUCAUGGUUUCCUCCAGUGCGCAUGCUGAAUGAUCCCCGACCAGACUGUUAAGAGGCAUAACUGGCAACAUGUCUGAAGUUGACUCGCUGACCGAUAAUCUGGCAGAGGUGAAACUAGAUGUUGCCCCUAAUAACUUGAUGAACCUUGAUGAUGCACCAAUCACUAUUGGAGCCACAGUGCCCACGGGGUUUGAAUUUACAGCAGCCGCAGAAGUGGAGGAGAAGCUGGGAUGUCCGUGCAGAAUCAGCAAAGAUCGUGGCAAAAUCUACUUUGACAUCAGGAAGGAUAGCCUGGCUCAGGUUCACCGUCUGAAGUCCGUGGACAAUUUGUUUGUUAUUGUUGAGGAGUUUAAAGACUUCCCGUUCAAGGAAUCAAAGGAAGAUGCCCUACGAGAUUUCCAGGAAUUGGCACCCAAGCUGUCCUGGGACAGCGCUCUCAGUACCUGGGAACUUAACAACAGCCUGAAAAAGAAGAAAAAGCACAAGAAAAAGCGCAAUAAACCGGGGAACAACAACCACAACAAAGAGCGGAAACAGCCAUCAGCAUCAUGUGACGCUGAGAUUCUGAAAGAAGACAAUGGUACGAACGCUGAUACACAAACUGAAGCAUUAUCUUCUGUGGAAACUCAUGGAAGUGAUGGAUCAGAUGGCCAGAGCCAACUAUCAACACUUGAAAGUAUGGAAAGUCUAGCCAAAGAGGUUACAGAGAAGAAGGAUAUCCCAGAAUAUCUCCCGGAUAAAUCCACAGGAGAAACCCCAAAGAAAGAGAGUUUAGGUGAGCCGGUUAAGAUUCAUGGCUCACAGUUAUCAUCACAUGAUGGGUCAAAAGACACACAAGACGGAACCCAGGAUUUCAGUGAAGCAGGGGGCCACCUUGAAUCUGAGGAGAAGCCAGAAGCCGAUGAAGGAAAUGGGUCCACAGAGGCCCGCGGCAUCCUGAAAUUCCGUGUCACCUGCAACCGCGCGGGAGAUAAACAUAGCUUCACGUCCAAUGAUGCAGCAAGGGAUUUUGGAGGCGCUGUGCAGGAUCACUUCCAGUGGAAGGCUGACAUGACCAAGUUUGAUAUAGAGGUGCUUCUGAACAUCAGUUACAAUGAAAUGGUGGUGGGGAUUGCACUGACCGAGGAGAGUCUGCAUCGCAGAAACAUCACGCAUUUUGGACCCACAACUCUUCGGUCAACUUUAGCUUACGGGAUGCUCAGACUCUGCGACUUGCAGCCAUCAGACGUAAUUAUCGAUCCAAUGUGUGGGACAGGAGCCAUUCCUAUAGAGGGUGUCAGCGAGUGGCCAAGCAGUUUCUUUAUUGCCGGAGACAAUAACCCGCAGGCUGUGAACAGAACCGCUAGCAACAUCUCCUCCUUACUGGAAAAACAACAAAGCCCAGAUUGUGAGCCACGAGGGCUUCCCAUCGAUGCCGCUCACUGGGACAUAUCUAGCCUGCCUCUGAGGACCGGAUCUGUGGAUGUUAUUGUCACGGACAUGCCAUUUGGAAAGAGAAUAGGGUCAAAGAAAAAGAACUGGGAUCUGUAUCCAUCGUGCCUGAGGGAGAUGAGCCGCGUUUGCAGGGCUGGAACGGGGAGGGCAGUACUGCUCACGCAUGAUAGGAAAUGCUUCAUCAAGGCCUUGGCAAAAGCUGGACACUUGUGGAAGAAAAUGCACACAGUCUGGGUUAAUAUAGGAGGACUCCACGCUGGCGUCUACCUCCUUAAACGCACGUCCCUGGACUUAAGUGAAUGCUCCGGGGAGAGGCCGGACCAGAACCGACCCGAAUGUUCCGAGUCUAUCCCCAAGGAGGAGUAGGCGACGAGUCCCUCGAAGCUUCUGACAGUUCAGCCAAAUUCCCAUUAUGCACUUAAAGGAUCUGUAGUGACCUACUCAGGCGUUUAAAGGGUUAAAUGUGUUUGAUGUGUUAUUUUUGAAGGGAAUUCCCUGGUAUAAACACUGUUUUUCUUGUAACAUUAAGUUCUGAUAAACAUGGAAUGGUGUAGUACCCUGUAACCUCACAAUAAAUGCUUUGUUUCUUAUUGUUACAUUCAUUGUGCACAUGAUGAGGUCACAAUUCUAAAUUAUGUUGUGAUGUCACACUUCACUUUCAAACCGCCAUGUUGCUUUAUGGCAGCUCUUUUAAGUCUUUUUCAGAACACUAUGCAAUACCGCUAAGGACAUUUUCCUAAAAGGUACUAAUACAAAUAUUCCCGUGGGCUUCUCUUUAAUCUUUUUGAUUGCCAUUGAAAUAUGUACUCUGUUUGGCACCAAAGUUUGGUUUAAAGCUUCCCUUGGCUUUCCUUACCUUGGCGUGUUUGGAAAUGUUUAAUUUGUUCUACAUGUUUCGGUUGCUUUGUACAGCUGUUGGAUGAACAAUAAAAAGCCAUGUUUGCGCGAGGGUUCA